AUGAGUUCUUCCCCGUCUUCAGAGACGACAGAAGGCUGGUGUCUAUGUCAGGCAAGCAUGAAGUCGGCGGUGGUAACUUUCUGUCUCCUCUGCUUCCAGUCUGAAGCGCUGUACGGAGCUGACACCUGCUCAUCACGAUUAUGCAAAAAUAUAGAUCAGCCUCAUGUCUCUGACCCCCAAGUGACAGUGGAAUUUAGGAGUGGAGACUUCAAACUCAUAUUCCACAACCCCAAAAACGUGAGCGAGUUCAGCAUGGUCCUUUUCAAAGGGCAUGAAAAGAAACAGAUCUGUGCUCUCCACGUGAGCAAAGAGAAAACUAUUCCCAAGAGUAACGUCAGCUACUGUCAUGCAGAGCAUUCAAAUAGCAGUACCAUUUUCAUUCUCAAAAAUCUGGAAAGGAAGCACACCGACAUUUAUACCUGCUGCCUGGAGAUGUUUUUACCCCCUCCUUACAUAGAUUGCAGACUGAAUGAAACCUAUUUGUACAUCCAAGAUAAGGAAGCCUGCAUUUUGUCAGGACUCACAUCAUGGAUAAUUAUUGGUCUAAUGGCAUUUGCCAUGAUUCUCUGUGUCUGCUGGGUAGUAGCCUGUUGCUUAAGGAACAAGAAUCAGCAGUGUGAAUCCAACUCCCAUGAGUACAACAGCGAAUACAUGCCCAUGGCAGCAGUGAAUGCAGCUAGAAAACCAAGAAUCUGA